AUGGCCAAAUUACAGAUAGAGUUGAAUGCGUUUCUUACUGAGCGAUUAACAGCGGUUGCUGUGGAGAUAUCGGCUGUCUUUCAAAAAAAGCUAGUCGAGUACCAGGAAGAAAUCUCCCGUUCGAAGGAGGAGAACAAACGUCUACAGAGGCUGUUGGGUUUGGUGUUCCACCCGGAAAUCAAGUUACAUCGAGCAGGUUUGUAAUAAUAUAACAACAACUUAAAAUGAAUCAAUCAGUUGCUGUGGGAAACAAAAUUAUUGAUCAAAUAAUGAUACUCAUUUAGUUGUUAUUCACACACACACACACACACACACACACACACACACACACACACCACAGUUAGACUGCAGUAUAUUUGUCCACACCCGGGAGACCCUAACAUGUAACCUAGCAAAAUCACCACUGCCAUCAAUAUAGUUUUUUUUAUUUUUGGUGUUUUUUAUUCUAUGAAAUAUAUUGGAAUGGUUAGGGUUAAAUGUAAGUCAACUCUGCUUUGAGUGUCUAUAGGACUUUAUAAAUCUUUAAAAGCUAAAAACGUUUUUUUGACAAGACAGUAGCUCUAUUCUAGCCUACACAGUUUUGGAAUCGCUCCACUCAGUCUUAUCUGUAUAACUCUCAUUAUGGAAAUUAUUUCAGAUAGUAUUUGAACCCAGGCCUGAAGAGCACACCGGUCACUAGCCAGAGGGAACAAGAAACUCAAGAUGGUUCUCUGUCGCGUGUGUGUGCACCACCCUCAGUGGGGUGUUAGAAACCAGGGAUACAGUAUCUUCAACCUAUCCCCCCCAUUUUUUAUUAUUGUAUAUUACUUUAUAUGACUAGUAUAACUGCAUCAGAGGAGGCUGGUGGGAGGAUCUAUAGGAGGAUGGGCUCAUUGUAAUGGCUGGAAUGGAAUAAAUGGAACGGUAUCAAACAUAUGGAAACCACACGUUUGUCUCUGUUCCAUUCCAGCCAUUACAACGAGCACUUCCUCCUAUAGCUCCUCUGAACUGCAUUGUUGAGGAAGAGCUUGCAAUCAAGCGUUUCACGGUGCUGUUUACACCUGCUGUAUCCGGUGCACGUGACAAAUGCACUCUAAUUUGAUUGAUUUGUUUUCCUUUCCCAGACUCCCAGCAGCCCUCUCUCCCUGUCUCAGAAGAGAAGGUUCCCCCUGAGCAGGAGAGGAGCCCCAAUCUGGGGCAAGAGGACCCAGAGCCCACACAGAUUAAAGAGGAAGAGGAGGAACUCUGGACCAGUCAGGAGGAAGAGCAGCUUCAAGGGCUGGAGCCUGAUACCAAAUACCUCUUCUUGAUUCCUGCCUGUGUUAAAAUUGACUAUGAACAGGACCCACCUCUGCCCUCACAUCUUGACCAAAUCUUGGAGAACAGAGAGAGGGACUCUCUACCCACCAACACAACUGAACAGAUCAAAACAGAACCUGAUGGAGAGGACUACAGAGUAUCUGAACCAACCAGGGACUCUCAGCCCCUCUCUGAAGCCCAGAUGGAAAACAUAGAAGAACGUGUUGAUGGGAUGGAGAGAUCCAUUCCCCCUUCCUUCUCUCCAGACUCCCAGCAGCCCUCUCUCCCUGUCUCUAAAGAGAAGGUUCCCCCUGAGCAGCAGGAGAGAAGCCCCGGUCUGUGGCAGGAGGACCCAGAGCCCACAAAUCAAGAGGAACUCUGGACGAAUCAGGAGGAAAAGCAGCUGGAAUCUGACAGCAGAGUAUCAGAACCAACCAGUGACUCUCAGCUCCUCUCUGCAGUAAAUCCAGACGGUUCUGCAGCUCAGAGUGAAAACAGUAAAGUUCAUCAGAGUCCCACCACUUCUUCAGAACAAGUAAGAUUAUAUUACAUUUAUUAUUAAACAUGUUCAACAGCGCUCACCACAAAAAGGCAGCAUUUAUUUGUAGCGAAACAGCCAAGUGACAUGAGAUUUUGAAAGCAAUUUCCUUACAGAAAAUGAAUACUGAAAAAUAUAAACAUGAAUAUAUACAUUUUUAAAGUACAUUUUUAAAUAUAAAGUAUAUGGGUGAUUCCAGCAUUAUGGACAUCACAUUUCCAAGCAAAAUCACAACCUUAAUGUCUCACACUCACAGAAUGGACCAACGAAAUAGAAAUGGUUUUGAUGUGUCUAUUGUAACCCCUCUACCCAAAAGAAAGCAGACAUCUAAAUACUGACAUGUUGGAGAAAUAAAGCAAAUAGGAAGCAUUAUGGAUGUUACAUGAAAUGGACAGCUUUUUGGGGACACUGAACAUUAUUAGCUAAAAGUAUUUUGGAAAGAGAAUUUUUGCUAGAACACAUCCUUUUCAAGAUGUCAACAGCCUCAGGAAUAGUCUUAGAGUACAUCCAAGCACAGUAAAUGUGGUGAACGCACAAGCUUCUGAAACUAACAACCGUUAUGGAUGUUACGGAUAUCAUAAUGCUAAAAAAAGGACACCGUCAAUGAAGAGAGAAACCAUAUAGACAGUAAAACUUGCUGAAAGUACUUACAGAGACCGUUCCAAUCCCCGCGUCUUAAUUACAAAACUGUAUGGAACUCCACACCGAACCUCAAGGCACUUCAAUUUGGUCUGUUUCUUAACAUCUCAUCUUCAUAACUAACACUGGGGAACAGCUGUGAGUGCAAAAACAAUCUAUUUGAGCCCUUUCUAAAGAAAUUUGAUUGACUGAAAAGCCUUUUUUGAGACUUGGCGUCCUACUCUAUAAUGGUCCAAAUUCAUACCAUUUCCUACUUAAAUGUUUCAAAUAAAGCCUGAACUCUAACAUAUAGACCUUUAAGAAUGAUUAUGAACGUGGUUUAAUUUGGAAAUUACUAUGCUCAGGUUGAGGGCAAUUCCACGGUAACGCUGAGACAGAUUUUUUCCACUUCAAAAUUUGUGUCAAACAAAAACCAAUGAUUGCAAAGUUAAACAAACCAUACAACUCUAUGCACAAGGACUACUUUUGCAGAUGCAAAGUUUGGUAACUGAAUGACGGCACAAACUGUCAUUCUGUUACCAAACUUUGCAUCUGCACUAUUCUUCAAGUAAAUGUGUUUUUGUAUAUUGUAAAUAGUUAAAAGUUGUCCUUGUGCACAGUUGUAUGGUUUGUUUAACCUUGCAAUCAUUGGUUUUUGUUUGACAUACACUAUAUAUACAAAAGUAUGUGGACACCCCUUUAAAUUAGUGGCUUCGGCUAUUUCAGCCACACUCGUUGCUGACAGGUGUAUAAAAUCGAGCACACAGCCAUGCAAUCUCCAUAGACAAAAUUGGCAGUAGAAUGGCCUUACUGAAUCAUAGGAUGCCACCUUUCCAACAAGUCAGUUUGUAAAAUGUCUGCCCUGGUCAACUGUAAGUGCUGUUAUUGUGAAGUGGAAACGUCUAGGAGCAACAAUGGCUCAGCCGCGUAGUGGUAGACCACACAAGCUCACAGAACUGGACCGCCAAGUGAUGAAGCGCGUAAAAAUCAUCUGACCUCGGUUGCAACACUCACUACAGAGUUCCAAACUGCCUCUGGAAGCAACGUCAGCACAAGAACUGUUCAUCGGGAGCUUCAUGAAAUGGGUUUCCAUGGCCGAGCAGCCGCACACAAGCCUACCAUCACCAUGCGCAAUGCCAAGCGUCGGCUGGAGUGGUGUAAAGCUCGCCACCAUUGGACUCUAGGGCAAUGGAAAUGCGUUCUCUGGAGUGAUGAAUUACGCUUCACCAUCUGGCAGUCCGACGGACAAAUCUGGAUUUGGCGGAUGCCAGGAGAACGCUACCUGCCCCAAUGCAUAGUGCCAACUGUAAAGUUUGGUGGAGGAGGAACAAUGGUCUGGGGCUGUUUUUCAUGGUUCUGGCUAGGCCCCUUAGUUCCAGUGAAGGGAAAUCUUAACCCUACAGCAUACAAUGACAUUCUAGAUGAUUCUGUGCUUCCAACUUUGUGGCAACAGUUUGGGGAAGGCCCUUUCCUGUUUCAACAUGACAAUGCCCAUGUGUACAAAGCGAGGUCCAUACAGAAAUGGUUUGUUGAGAUCGGUGUGGAAGAAUUUGACUGGCCUGCACAGUGCCCUGACCUCAACCCCAUCGAACACCUUUGGGAUGAAUUGGAACACCGACUGCGAGCCAGGCCUAAUCACCCAACAUCAGUGCCCUACCUCACUAAUGCUCUUGUGGCUGAAUGGAAGCAAGUCCCCGCAGCGAUGUUCCAACAUCUAAUGGAAAGCCUUCCCAGAAGAGUGGAGGCUGUUAUAGCAGCAAAAGGGGGACCAACUCUAUAUUAAUGCCCAUGAUUUUAGAAUGAGAUGUUUGACGAGCAGGUGUCCACAUACAGACCCAUUGACUCUUUCCACCUUUUGUUAAGUUACAGCCUUAUUCUAAAAUUGAUUAAAUUGUUUUUUUCCCUCAUCAAUCUACACACAAUACCCCAUAAUGACAAAGGAAAAACAGGUUUUUAGAAAUUUGUGCAAAUUUAUAAAAAAAUAAACUAACACAUUUUACAGACAGUUGAAGUCGGAAGUUUACAUACACCUUAGCCAAAUACAUUUAAACUCAGUUUUUCACAAUUCCUGACAUUUAAUCCUAGUAAAAAUUCCCUGUCUUAGGUCAGUUAGGAUCACCACUUUAUUUUAAAUGUCAGAAUAAUAGUAGAGAAUGAUUUAUUUCAGUUUUUAUUUCUUUCAUCACAUUCCCAGUGGGUCAGAAGUUUACAUACAUUCAAUUAGUAUUUGGUAGCAUUGCAUUUAAAUUGUUUAACUUGGGUCAAACGUUUCGGGUAGCCUUCCACAAGCUUCCCACAAUAAGUUGGGUGAAUUUUGGCCCAUUCCUCCUGACAGAGCUGGUGUAAUUGAGUCAGGUUUGUAGGCCUCCUUGCUCGCACACGCUUUUUCAGUUCUGCCCACACAUUUUCUAUAGGAUUGAGGUCAGGGCUUUGUGAUGGCCACUCCAAUACCUUGACUUUGUUGUCCUUAAGCCAUUUUGCCAUAACUUUGGAAGUAUGCUUGGGGUCAUUGUCCAUUUGGAAGACCCAUUUGCGACCAAGCUUUCACUUCCUGACUGAUGUCUUGAGAUGUUGCUUCAAUAUAUCCACAUAAUUUCCCUUCCUCAUGAUGCCUUCUAUGCCAUCUAUUUUGUCAAGUGCACCAGUCCCUCCUUCAGCAAAGCACCCCCACAGUAUGAUGCUGCCACCCUCGUGCUUCACGGUUGGGAUGGUGUUCUUCGGCUUGCAAGCAUCCCCCUUUUUCCCCCCAAAAUAACGUGGUCAUUUGGCCAAACAUUUCUUUUUUUGUUUCAUCGACCAGAGGACAUUUCUAAAAAGAAAGAUUUUUGUCCCCCCCAUGUCAGUUAAAACCGUAGUUUGGCUUUUUUAGGGGGUUUUGGGACAGUGGCUUUUUCCUUUGCUGAGGGGCCUUUCAGGUUUAUGUGAAUAGGACUUUUUUUUUACUGUGGAUAUAGAUCUUUUUGUACCUUUUUCCUCCAAUCUUCAAAAGGGGUCUUUUUUGGCUGUGUUUGGUGAUUUGCAUUUUGGCCCCAAAGACGUUCUUUCCUAGGAGACAGAACCUCCCCUUCCUGAGCGGUAUGAUGGCAGCGUGGCCUUUGGUGUUUAUAUUGCGUACUAUGUUUUUACAAUGAACUUUUUGGGGGUUCCCUUCAGAUGUUUGGAAAAUUGCCCCAAGGAUGAACCAGAUUGUGAGGUCUACAAUUUUUUUUCUGAGGUUUGGCUGAUUUCUUUUGAUUUUCCCAUGAUGUCAAGUAAAGAGGCACUGAGUGUGAAGGUAGGCCUAGAAAAUACAUCCACAGGUACACCUCCAAUUGACUCAAAUGAUGUCAAUUAGCCUGUCAGAAGCUUCUAAAGCCAUGACAUCAUUUUCUGGAAUUUUCCAAGCUGUUUAAAGGCACAGUCAACUUAGUGUAUUUAAACUUCUGACCCACUGGAAUUGUGAUACAGUGAAUUAUAAGUGAAAUAAUCUGUCUGUAAACAAUUGUUGGAAAAAGUACUUGUGUCAUGCACAAAGUAGAUGUCCUAACCGACUUGCCAAAACUAUAGUUUGUUAACAAGAAAUUUGUGGAGUGGUUGAAAAACGAGUUUUAAUGACUUUACGCAGUACUUUGUUGAAGCACCUUUGGCAGCGAUUACAGCCUUGAGUUCUUGGGUAUCACGCUACAAGCUUGGCACACCUGAAUUUGGGGAGUUUCUCCCAUUCUUCUCUGCAGAUCCUCUCAAGCUAUGUCAGGUUGGAUGGGGAGCGUCGCUGCACAGCUAUUUUCAGGUCUCUCCAGAGAUGUUCAAUUCCGGGCUCUGGCUGGGCCACUCAAGGACAUUCAGACUUGUCCCGAAGCCACUCCUGCGUUGUCUUGGUUGUGUGCUUGGGGUCGUUGUCCUGUUGGAAGGUGAACCUUCGCCCCAGUCUGAGGUCCUGAGUGCUCUGGAGCAGGUUUUCAUCAAGGAUCUCUCUGUACUUUGCUCCUUUCAUCUUUCCCUCAAUCCUGACAAGUCUCCCAGUCACUGCCGCUGAAAAACAUCCCCAUAGCAUGAUGCUGCCAACACCAUGCUUCACCGUAGGGAUGGUGCCAGGUUUCCUCUAGACGUGAAGCUUGGCAUUCAGGCCAAAGAGUUCAAUCUUGGUUUCAUCAGACCAGAGAAUCUUGUUUCUCAUGGUCUGAGAGUGUUUAGGUGCCUUUUGGCAAACUCCAAGCGGGCUGUCAUGUGCCUUUUACUGAGGAGUGGCUUCCGUCUGGCCACUGUACCAUAAAGGCCUGAUUGGUGGAGUGCUGCAGAGAUGGUUGUCCUUCUGCAAGGUUCUCCCAUCUCCAAAGAGGAACUUUGGAGCUCUGUCAGUGACCAUCGGGUUCUUGGUCACCUCCCUGACCAAGGCCAUUCUCCCCCGAUUGCUCAGUUUGGCCGGGCGGCCAGCUCUAGGAAGAGUCUUGGUGGUUCCAAACUUCUUCCAUUUAAGAAUGAUGGAGGCCACUGUGUUCUUGGGGACCUUCAAGGUUGCAGAAAUAUUUUGGUACCCUUCCCCAGAUCUCUGCCUCGACACAACACAGUCUCAGAGCACUACGUACAAUUCCUUCGUCCUCAUGGCUUGGUUUUUGCGCUGACAAUUGAGUCUGAAUACUUAUGUAAAUAAGGUUUCUGUUUAUUUUUAAUACAUUUGCAAACAUUUCUAAAAACCUGUUUUUGCUUUGUCAAUAUGUGUAGAUUGUGUAACUUUUUUUUGUGUGGAAAAAGUCAAGGGGUCUGAAUACUAUCCGAAUGCACUGUACAUUGUUUAAUAUGAUACACUCUACGACCAUAUCAAAGUUCCAAAAUGGGAUCUCUGCUGUCUUUGAGUUUUCAUAUUACAUUAAUCUAUCCUUUUUGUUUCCCCUUUUAGGAUUCUAGUAACGUGGAAUCAAAUGAAGCAUCUAAUUUCUCUAACUGGACCGACGAAAACAUUUUGGAUACAGACGGCAACUCUUUAGACAGUAGCUCUUGCACUAAAGAAGAUUCUGAGGCACGGAAACCAGCAAAGAGAACAUGCCAUUCUAGUGGUGUGGUUAAUGAGCCUUCUGAUUUGUCUAACUUAUGUGAUGAAAACAACCCAAGGACUGAGAUCAGCCCUUCAGACAGCAACAAAGACAUGAACAUCCAAACAGACUCUGGGGCUCAUAAUCCAGCUAAGAGAAAAUGUCAGCGGGCGGAUAAUGUUGCUGUAGCAAGACGUGGGAGUGGAGAGAUGGUCGCCUGUUCCCGGCCCAAAGUGCCGGGGUCCACUCCAGAUUACACCCACUGCAUGCACUGUCAAGGUCUGUACAAUCGAAAGACACUGUGGAAGCAUGUCAGAUAUUGCCCUCUGAAUCCCAAAGCUGACGAACCAAAACCUGGACAAAAGAUGAGGAUUCAGUCAGCAAUGGUGUUUAAGUUGUGUCCUCAACCCGAUUACGUCAGCACAGGUCUUUGGAAGAUAGUUUGUGGUAUGAACUCCGGCGAAGUUUCAUUUGUGGUAAGAAAUGACAAAUAUAUCCUCCUCAUGGGAGAAGAGAUGUACAACAAACUACAGCCAGAUGACAGAAGAAUUAAAUUCAUUCCACAAAGAAUGAGAGAGAUGGCAAGACUACUCAUCACGGCCAGGAAGUGUACACCUCUGAUGUGCUUUGAGGACUUGGUCAUACCUAGUAAUUUACCUCACGUCAUCACGGCAGUGAGAGCUGUUGCUGGCUACAACGAGGAGAACAAAACGUACGACCGCCCGACGCUGGCUGUUCAAAUGGGAUACAACUUAAUGAACAUUGGCAGCGCUGUGGAAUCCUGUGCACUAAAGUCAGGACGAUACAAGGUCGCAGAGUUUGCAGGCAAAUUCAAAGGUUUCAAGUGGAAUGAGGUUGUUAUGGCUGGAGCACUGUCCACUCUCAGUGAACCAAAAAUGAAAUGUAAGUCAAACGCCACACCUAGUAGGCCAGGCUAGCUCUCCAAGUGGAUGGUUUGCCAGCCAGCCCUAAUAAUAUUGGCUUUUUUAUACAGGGAAUUUGCCAGGAAAUGGUCAUGUUUAUUUAGCCUAUUCAUUCUCUCUUUCUCUCCCUUUCUCUUUCUCUAGUUGUUUCAGCUGCACAAUUGGUCCUGUUGAGCCCAAACGGGAAAUAUUACAAUUUUACAGUAGUAAUAAGCUGUGUGAUUUGCAUCGUGAAAUUAUUUUCCAUCCUUUGAUGCUGCCGUUUUUGCGAUCUUUUAAGCAACUUUUCUCAACAGGUACCCAGCCGACCCGUCACGCAGGCGCCCAGCCGACCCGUCACACAGGCGGCCCAGCCGACCCGUCACGCAGGCGCCCAGCCGACCCGUCACGCAGGCGGCCCAGCCGACCCGUCACACAGGCGCCCAGCCGACCCAAAGAAACGCUGUGAGAUUAAAGUGGACCGUUGAUGAGGUAGCAGCAGUUCAUAAAGAGAUGCAGUUCAUAAAGAGUGGCCGAGUUCCUGGAAAGAGGGACUGCCUCAAAUGCCUCCAGUCGGAACCUGUGGCGCUCAAAAGCAGAAACUGGUCAGGCAUUAAGUUCUAU